AGCAUGUAGGUUAGUAUUGUAAGAAAAAAAUGUUAAGUAGACUGCAUUCGUAUGCAUUUUUUUAUAAAGAUCGACCACAUGCGUUGAUCAUCAAUCCAGUGGUAAACUCAGAGUUUAUGAGUAAAUGACAAAGCACUUUUGUACGCCGCUCUGGAUAAGCGCGUCUGCUAAAUGCCGUAAAUGUAAACGGUAAACCCACACGACUAAGAAAGCACCGGCACGCGGGCUCUUAUCGGCCAGCUCGCCUUGGCGAUGACGUCAGCGUUACCCCGGAACGCGCAUGCGCUCUUCAGUCGCGUUGAGCCCGGAACGCGCAUGCGCUCUUCGGUCACUUCGAGCCUGGCGAAAUCCGGAGCGCGUCUGCCUGCGAUUUCCAGCGGGACUCCUGUUGCGCACAAGGAGCCAGCCAGCUAUCGGUCAAGCACAUGACCCGCUUAAUCCCGGAGCCCUCCUCUCCAGCAAGGACCGUAAGAUAAUCGCGUCUAAAGUGCGAGAAGAAGCGGUCGUUUCCCCUGGAGUCGAGCUGCAGUUCAUCCCCUUAGCGCUGUCGAGGAUGAGGUUGCCUAACAGCAGAGGAUGCCCGACGGAGGAAGAUGGGAGAAAGGAGCUGGCUCUCCCUUUUAGAAACCCCUUCGUGCACGACUUGAGGUUUACUCCGUUUCAGAAACUCAAGAUUGCGGUGAUGACCCUGACCGUCUUUCCCGUGCGGCUGUGCGUGGCGGCCUUCAUGAUGCUGCUGGCGUGGCCCUUUGCCUUCGUCGCCUCCGUGGGGCGCUCCGAGACAGCCGUGGAGGCGCAGUGCUUAUGGAGGAGGGUGGUGGACGUGCUCUUGCGCGCCAUCAUGCGGCUCAUGUGGUUCGCCGGGGGCUUCCACUGGAUCCGCGUGAAGGGGAGGCAGGCGCUGGGUGCUCAAGCCCCCAUCCUCACCCUGGGCCCACACUCGUCAUACUUCGACGCCAUCCCCGUCACCAUGACGAUGGCUUCCAUCGUCAUGAAGGCAGAAAGCAAGGACAUCCCGCUCUGGGGAACCUUGAUCAAGUACAUCCGACCCGUGUUUGUGUCAAGGUCGGACCAGGACUCCAGGAGGAAGACUGUGGAGGAGAUCAAGCGAAGAGCGCACUCUGGAGGGAAGUGGCCGCAGAUAAUGAUCUUUCCAGAGGGAACGUGUACCAAUCGGUCCUGUCUGAUCACAUUUAAACCAGGCGCCUUUAUCCCCGCCGUUCCUGUACAGCCCGUCGUGAUCCGCUACCCCAACCCACUGGACACCAUCACCUGGACGUGGCAAGGUCCUGGAGCGUUUAAGAUCCUGUGGCUUACCCUCUGCCAGCUUCACAAUGAGUUUGAGAUCGAGUUCCUCCCGGUUUACAACCCCAGUGAAGAGGAAAAGAGGAACCCACCUCUGUUCGCUCAUAAUGUGCGCCGUCUCAUGGCCAAUGCCCUGAGGGUCCCCGUGACGGAUUACUCGUUUGAGGACUGUCAGUUGUCCAUGGUGGAGGGGCAGCUCAGACUUCCCGAGGGCACGUGUCUGCUGGAGUUCGGCAAGCUCGUCAGGAGACUGGGGCUGAAGCGGGAGAACUCGGAAAAGCUCCUGAGUGAGUUUGGCAGGAGGGUUCGUGAGCUGCAGGGCCGGAGACUGAGCCUGGAGCAGUUCGCCCGCUUCCUGGACCUGCCGCUCUCCGACGCGCUCCGCAACAUAUUCGCUCUGUUUGACGAGCAUGGGGAUGCCACGGUGGACAUGCGGGAGUUCGUCAUCGCUUUCUCCGUAGUAUGCAGACCUGUCAGAACAAUGGACACAAUCAGGCUGGCCUUCACAAUGUUCGAGGACAAGGAGGGCGGGACUAUCUCUGAGAAUGAGCUCGCCUGCAUCCUGCGGACUGCCCUGGGCGUGGCUGAACUCAGCGUGACCCGCCUCUUUAACACCAUUGACAUGGCGCACAGUGGGAAACUGACCUACGAGAUGUUCCAGAGCUUCACGGAGCAGAGGCCGGACUUCUCAGAGGAGUUCCUGCACCCAGAAAACGCAGGCAUUUGGGGCGGGUCCUCGUCACCUGGUCCCACCCCCGUAUCCAACGGCUUCUGUGCCGACUUCACUCCCAGCGAACCCCAAGCCGCCCGGCCCAAAGCCGACUGAGGAAGCCCCCUGGGGCGGGGUGUGUGUGUGUGUGUGUACGCUCCGGGGGGGUCUUCCCCUGGACUGCCAGUGUCUGAACGUGUAAAGUUUACUCUCCUCAGUCUUAUGUAAUUGGGAGAAAAUCCUCCUUUUCUCUCAGUCUCUCCACUGUUCCCCUUUCUGCCCGUCUUUCUCCAGUUUCCAGCUUUUUAUUAUUAGUGUUACUUUUGUUGUUGAAUUUUUAUUUUUUUUUAUUGAAUUUUGGAGUCAAAAGCCAGUCAUGUCUGGGUGAAAACAAUCACACCAUAAGCCAAGCAGUCCUUUUUGUUCCGGUGUCUGGCUCCAUCUAGUACCCACCGAAGUCGGUGUGGGUUAAACGCUGAAAAGACUUUUUUUUUAUAAUAGAAAUCCUUCUUUUCUCAUUUCCUGCUGUUUUAUGGUUGCGGAUUCUUUUACUGAACGCUCCUUUUAGCAUUUUGCAUGGGUUCGAUGCCUGAGAACAGUGUUGCUGUUGUAACGGCGGGGUUAAACGCGCCGAUGAAGCGCGUCCGACCUGCGGGCCGGCCGGGUCCGAGGCGCACGGCGGACCCCGCCGACGUGCUGCUCCAGAUCAAAGCGAGCCAGUCCAGUUCCCUGGUCUCAGUCCUCCAUGAGACUGGGUUGUCUUUUAAAGCUCAGGGGUCAAAGGGUCAAAGACUGAAGGAGGCUCUGGGUGAAGGUGAGCGUGCACACGUCUCCACGCGCGCAUCGACGGGACGGAGGGGUUUAGGGUUUGCGGUAGCCACGCUGGGUGCAGCUACCCUGAAAGUCCCAUCGCCAGUUUCACCAGUAAUUCACGACACAGCUAGACGUCUCUUGGUACAGUUUACCAUCGUUUGCUUUGUUGUGUGAUUUGUUUGUUUUGGGGUUUUUUUAUUAAACUUGGAGAUUUAGCAAGAACCAAAAAUAAAAAUGACGGUUUGGACGUCGGUGGUGGGGGGUUCAGCGCAUGCCAGAAUCACGAGAAUAGUGUGAGCAUUUUAGCUGACGGACAUCCCUCCAAGGUGUUCCCCCGAGGGGUCCUCGGAAGAGCCAGGCUACGUCACCUGGGGCAACUUGGGGCCCGACCUGUGCUGGGCCUGCGUGCGACUGAUCUUUCUGAACGGAGCCGAGCUCAGCUGGGCUGAUGCCGUCGCGCUCCAGACGAGCGCGACCUGCUGCACAUUCCGUCAUGCCGUCGUCUCCCAGACCUGCUCCCGGUCCAUGGCCGAGGGGAGUUGGUUGUGUUAGGCUUUGUUUGUAAUGUAUGUUUGUUUGUUUGUUUGUUUUGGCACAUAUGGGUUAGACGCCGGCUACACAGCUGAUUUGCGAAAUCGGAGUCGAACAUUCAGCCUUGACUUGCGGCGGGGAGGAAGACCAGCCAUCGUCAGCUCCGCCCCUUCUUCUGUGUCAUUCGCGUAAUUUCUGUUGCCGGUGCUUUGCCCCCAUACCUCUCCCACGCCGUGUUGUGUGUAAACUGACCGAGGAAGGAGGAAUAAGACAGGGUGUGUGGGUGUGGGUGUGUGUGAGAGAGAGAGAGAUGGUCUGCAGUCAUGCUACGCUCCCAGUGCGUUUCCGGCAACAGUUGUGCUGGUGUGUCGUGUGGCUAGCUCUGUCGUUGUGUGCCGUCAUCCCGUGGUCUGGCGUUCUCCCGGGUACUGGUCUCUCCCGGGUACUGGGCCGCGGGGCGCUGAUCCCUUAGACUCGUUUUAUACACUGAACAAAGCGCGGUACUUUGGACCAUUUGAAUACGAGCGCGCUGAGGUUUUCUUCAGCCAUCUUUUAUUGUGUGCAUUUUUAUUGUCCAUCGGUGACUCCGAAAGUUUAUUUUGAUACUGAAACAGUGAAAACAUGAUUCAUAUUAAAAAAUGACCUUCAGAACACACAGUUUUAUAAGAUCUGGGUUUUUUAUGGUUGACUUAUGUGAAGUGAUUGAUUAUAUAAAGCUUUGAUGUUGUUCACUUCUCCUGAUAUUAGAGUUUGACUAUCAUUUUAAUGUGCGGAUUCUCUCUUGUUCCAUCUGGUAUGUGUCUGUGAGGACCCAGCUACACUCUCUGUUCCUUUAACUUCCGGGACGUAACAUUUCUGACUUACUGCUGUACAUUAUUAGUUCUGGACACAUUUCCACAGAUCUCUCGUCAGUCUCACCGUCUCUUUGCCUUCAUAAAAAUCUUAUUUUGUUUGUUUGUUCUGUUCGUCAGUGAUGCGAGUGACCAAACUCAUGGCCUUUGUGUCAGGGAUGAUGCGGUGUGUGACCCUUAGGUUUGCUCCUGACCUUUUAAAUAACCUCUCUUUUUGGAUAUUCCUUGAUGCAGGGCAUUUUGAGUUUUGAUACAUGUUUAAAAAAAAACAAACUAAAAAACAAACAAAAAAAACAUUUAUUUAUUUAUUUAGUUUGAGGAAACACCCCCCCCCUCCCCCCAUCUAUAUCAUAUGUUUUUACUUCAAGGUGUUUGACUUUAAAGCUCUAAGACAGGCUGAGGUGAUGCAGUUGUAGCUUUUUACAUUGUGCUGUAUUUCUUAACAGCAAAUGAUGGCAGUGAUUAAUGCUACUACUAUCUGCUUCUAUUUUAGGGUUUUUGUUUUAUUGUGUAGCUGAUAUGAAAAUUAGGUUUCUUACAUAUUCUCACUAGCGUUUACGAAUUUAAGUCUAAUUUCAGUGGUGACUGUGUAGACAAUCUGCCACCAAUCAGAAGACUGCUCUAGCGGGCCACCGAGGUUUCCGCGACACCCGGGGGCGGGGUCACAGGUGGGGCACGCCCCUGAAGUGCGUCGUCCACACGCGCACAUAUGACGGGACUUGCGCGGCCUUCUCUGCCUGCAGCGUAAAGGCAUCGGCGCUUGGCAGGACUGCCGUCGGCUCUUCUCACGUCUGUCUCUACUUCUCACGUCUGUCUCUACUUCUCACAUCUGUCUCUACUUCUCACGUCUGUCUCUACUUCUCACGUCCUUUUACUUUUUCUUCCUCUUUCGUUCCCCCCGACUAAACAUGACUGCAUUCCAGGUUUGCAUUAAGGUGAUUAGCAAUGGCGUGCGUGUGUGUGUGUGUGUGUGUGUGUGUGUGUGUGUGUGCGUGCGUGCGUGUGUGCGUGCGUGUGUGUUCCUCUAUUUUUAGACCAGUUGCUACAUUUCAGCUUUUCCUUCAGCUGCUGGAUGUAUACUGAAUAAUAAGUGUAUACUGAAGUGUGUACUGAGUAAUCCUUGAAGCAUGGUUCCUGGGCCACGGAACAGAACCGUCCAGGGAACGUUGCGCGGUCAGCGGAAUGUUCCCACCGUUCCUGUCGGAAGUGUAGAGACUGUGUUCGGUAAGGGCAUUGCCUCCUAACUGAGGCUUUUUAAAUGUACUCAGCCUCUCCACUCCUCCCGCAGGGCUCUAACUGUUAGGCGUGUGGUCAGUAGUUCGCUAGACUGCACCAACCUGCGACCUUUGAACUGAAGAACUGUGUGUGAGCUGAUCCGACCCCCUUCCCCCACACCCAGGAGCUCAGCUGCUCCUUGUCCACAAACGGUCGUUGGCCCGUUCCGAGGGUCUCCCAGCUGGAAACGCGUGGCUGUGCAUGACCGCGAGGGAGCUCCCGGCCACUCCGGCAGCGCCUGUUCAGCCUCUUCCGUCUGCCUUGAACCGGUGUCCCUUCCGCCUGAGCCGAAGACGAGAGACGGGGGCUGUCUCCUCUCCUUCCCAGGGGACAGCUGGUCUUUCCGAGGGCUCUGUAGAGGCAUUCGGGAUUUUCUCUCUUUCUUUGCAUCCGUUCCUCCUUCUUUCUUUAUCCUUAUAUUUUUUUUCUUUAAGCUCUGGUUUGCCCUGAUUUUUAUUUUAUAAUGUACUGAGAGUCAUUUUUACAAGAUGUUUUAACUUGUCUGUUCUGACUGCAAUUUAAAUGCCUCGUCAUUCUGACUCUUAAAUAAAAAGGGACACAACUAUG